AUGGUUAUUUCUGUGUUUCUUCGGGUGCCUGUACUGCCUAGGCCUGCAAACGAAAGCACCAGAUCCAAUCCGCUUUCUGAAACUCGGAAACAUAUUAUUAAUAAGUUGGCCUCUUCUCUGGCUCUUGCUGCAGCCAACUUCUGCUAUAUGAAUGAGUUUCGGUCUACCUACGCGGAUUCACCUACAUGCAAUGGAUCCAGAAACGACCGCUUCCGACUUCCGGCCACCACUAGCACCUCUUCUACUGGAAGACAGGAAUCGGCCUCUCAUAUGUCUCUUGAUUCCUUAGCUCCAUUACUACUACUAAAAACCGUGCCACGGCCCCCUGGACUAGUUUCUGCGCGAGAGCUGAGAGCUCUUCUUACCAAAAAUUUUGAGAGCAACUGGCAACUUCCACAACUUGAUGUUGCAGCUAACUUACUGCCUACGUCUGAACAGUUCCAGGUAUCUUCUUGGGCACCUGGUAUUUUCGAACGUCUUACUCGGCGUCUUUCUCUUUUUGCUAUAAAUCCUUUUGGCCUAUCCAAGCAAGCAAUGCAUCCAGUACAACAAAGCUCUGAGAACCUCUUUUAUGGUGCUGAACGAAUCGCUCCCCUCGUUCGGGCUAUGCAGAUGAAUACCCCUACUAGCCAGCCCACAAUUUGCCCAGAUAAAAGUGCUGCUUCGCCUAUUCAAGCGCCUACCCAAGUCAGGCCAACGACUCGAGCUGCAGCAUACAAACGCCUUAAAAUGUGA